UUGUGUGGGGGCAAGGAUUAGCUGCUGGAAGGCAAUAUAAGGGAUGGAGUGAGGAGCACGAGAGCAACUGGAGCACUGGUGUCUGGAGGAGCACAGAGCAGCCUGGCCAUGGAAAAGACUGUGAGAUGCUUGCUGCUGGUCUGUGCCUUCUGCCUGGUUGACUUUGAAGGCAACAAGAGGUUGCUGGCGAGCCCCUGGCGAGUGGCUGUCCCCCGUAUCAAGAGGAGCCCAAACGCCUGCCUGCCAAACCCAUGUCAGCACCGGGCACACUGCCAGCUGAAGGAGAAUGGACCUGUUUGCAGCUGCAGACCGGGCUUCACAGGGACGUUCUGCCAAGAUGUGGUACUGAAGUUGACCUGUGAGGAAGGGCGGAUGAAGAUGAUGGUGAGGAAGGAGGCAUUCGACCUCCUGAAGAUCCCUAAGCAUCUUGUCCACUUGAGAAACCAGGCAUGCAAGGUCUCAGAAACGGAAGAAAGGGGUGAGCUGUUUUUUGCAGCCACUCUCACAGGUGAAAACCACACUACCUGUGGAUCAGUAAUUCAGCAAAACGGCUCCCACGUGUCGUACUCCAAUGUCAUGGAGUCAGGGUGGGACACACAUGGGGCGCCGAUCCCUGAGAGUUUUCAGCUUGAGCUGAAUUUCUCCUGUGACUAUGCCUACGAACGAGUGGUGAGACUGCCCGUGGGUCCCACUACUGCUGACAGGCCAGCGCAGUUCGAGGUCAGAGAAGGACUCUUCAAUGUCAGCAUGAGACUGUACAAGACUGCCUCCUACCUCCAGCCCUAUCACCUGCCAGCUGAGGCUGUCCCCCUCAAAGAUACGCUGUAUGUGCUGCUGGAGAUAGAAGGACAGCACCAGCUCAGCUUCCUGCUGAGCGUUGAGGGCUGCUGGGGCACAGCAAGCACAGAUCCCUACCAGGAAGCACAGCACAAGCUCAUUGAGGAGGGGUGUCCCUAUGAUGAGACAGUGAUAUACCUGAACAGCUUUGGAGAGAGCGCUACUGCCAAGUUCAGAUUCCAGAUGUUCCAGAUUGUCAGUCACACCAAGGUGUUCCUGCACUGCCGUGUCCAGCUCUGUCUCCCCAGUGGCCCGGAGCCCUGUGCCAAGCAAUGCCCUAGGCACUGGAGGAGCAAGCGGGCACUGGCAAAUGACUACAGUAAGAUUGCCUCCUACGGGCCAAUCUACGUACUGGAAAAAAGGACCAACCACUCCAGGAAUGACCAAAAGGACCCGAAGGGCCACAACCCGUGGCUCUCUACGACCCUCCUUGUGCUGUGUACUGUCACUUUGUUCCUUGUGGUUGUGGCAGCUAUCAGCGCAAGGCGUUGGCUGGUGUAGAAGGCAGAUGUGCCCAGAAGCUCCAUCACUGGCAGCGUUCAAGGCCAGGCUGGAUGAAGUCUUUGGUGAUAUAGUCUAGUGUUAGGUGUCCCUGCCCAUGGCUGGGGGGUUGGAGCUGGAUGAUCUUGAGGUCCUUUCCAACCCUAACUCUCCUAUGAUUCUAUGAAAUAAAUGUGACAGCAACAGA